AUGGCUGGGCCAGAGCAGCCUAUCCAAGACACUAUCAAUGUCGUCGAGUGGACGCCAACGCUCGGCUCUGGAAAUACCAUGACACCAAACACUCAAAAUGCCCCAGCUGAGGAUGAUGCCUCGAGCCCUACAAACGGAGGAGGGCGAGCAUCUUGGUACUUUGCAAGACAUGGGAAACUUCGGCCCUUUCGACUGCUGAAGGAAGAUGUUGUCAACCUCAAGAGUCGAUACUUGUCAGAUUGGCAGGUAUUCAACCAACAGGUGGUUGCAAGUGCAGUCUACAUCUUCUUCACAAACCUUCUCCCUGGCAUCACUUUCGCCAGUGAUCUAUACACACUGACCGGCAAAUCGUGGGGGACCAUCGAGGUUGUGUUCAGCACUGGACUAUGCGGCCUCAUCUUUUCUCUCUUCUCGGGUCAACCUCUUACCAUUCUGGGUGUUACAGGCCCAUUCUCAGUGCUGGCCGAGAACAUCUACGAACUAUGCGAGACACACUUUCAUGCAAGUCGACAAUACAGUGCAUCAUGGUCCCUAAUCCACGCUGGUUGGAUGCACUAUCUCCUCGCCAUCUUCAACGCGCAUGACUGGACCAUGCAAUAUGUCACCCAUUUCAGCGCCGACAUCUUCUCACUCCUCAACAGUGUCAUCUACUUCCACAAGGCGGCAAUGGAGCUGAAGCGAACCCACGCUCGAGUCUCCCUUGCUGCCUUUCUAUAUGCUGUUCUUGGAGCGGUGGGAACGUGUCUCCUGGCCAUUUUGCUGUCCACAGCAAACUCGUGGAAGCCUAUGCUCCAUCGAUACGUUCGACUUGGACUUACAGAAUAUGCCGCUGCUAUUUCCAUCAUCAUCUGGAUCGGAAUUCCAUAUAUCGGGGAACUGGCAUCAUUAGAUCAUAUACGGCUCGAAGUCCAAACCAGCUUUCGACCAACAAACCCAGACAGAACAACUUUCUUUGUUCGCUUCUGGGAGAUACCUAUCGAAUGGGUCUUCUUGUCCAUGAUCCCGGGCGCCAUCGUCACCGUCUUGUUCUACUUUGACCACGAAAUCAGCAGCAUUAUCUGCACCGUGGAACGAUAUGGAACCAAAAAGCCAGGCGGGUAUGCUUGGGAUGUUGCCCUCUUAGGAACCACCACCAUCCUUUGUGGUAUUCUUGGUAUUCCUCCUGCAAACGGCCUGUUGCCUCAAGCACCGCUUCACUCAGAAUCGUUGAUGCAUUAUGUCAUUGAGAGUCCUCCUGCCGAAGAAGGGGAGCAGCCAGGCUCGCCUCGGCCAGUCGCAAGGACAUAUGAGCAGAGAUAUUCUCACUUCAUUCAAGCUUCUCUUAUUCUGGUCUUUGUGUCCCCCCCAUUGCAAAGGCUUCUGGGUCUCACACAGACAUCAGUGCUGGCUGGUCUGUUCCUCUUCAUGGGUUACCAGUCUCUAACUGUCAACCCUAUUCUGGAAAGAGUUGUAAACUUACUCACGCCGCCAUCUGAUCUCCCUGCUCUCCCUGAUAAUGUUAGCUGGUCCGGUAUUCACAUGUACACAAUCACACAGAUCAUCAUGACAGGCAUUGUAUUUGGGGUGACGCUGACAGUUGCGGCCCCUGCAUUCCCUCUGAUCAUCAUCGCUUUAGUUCCCGUCCGAUUGUCGCUCAUGAACCGCGUGUGGAGCCGUGAGACGUUGCGAUUAGUGGAUGGAUGGGCUUGUCGGGAGGGCAAACCGGAGGAUUCGGAUUCAGAGACGAUGCAGGUGCAAGGAUCUGGAGAUGAGGAGAAGGCUUCAGAGAGGAGCAAUAUGUCAACGUCUGUGCAGGGGAAAUCCGCGCUUGUCACUGGUGGUGGCUCAGGUAUCAACUUGUGUUUUGUCCGUAUGCUCCUAGGCAAUGGAUGUUCGGUCUUCAUUGCCGAUCUCAAAUUGCGGCCCGAAGCUCAACAACUCCUGGAGCAAUAUCCGUUCCCCGGCGUCGAUGGCAAAGCCGGGGUCUUGUUUCAAGAAACCGACGUUACAUCUUGGCCACAGUUGACGGCUUCUUGGAAGAAGGCUUUAGAAAAGUUCACAACUGUCGAUGUUGUUGUCCCAGGAGCCGGUCUGUUCGAGCCUCAAUGGUCCUCCUUCUGGGAACCUCCGAAAACUGAGAGCAACGAGGAUAGUGUCUCUCGAGAUGAUGCCAAUGCGGACCCUGGACACUAUGCAGUCUUGGAUGUGAACUUGGUAUCUCCCAUUCGGCUCAGUCAACUGGCUAUCGGGCAUUGGACAAAGACGAAGCAGAAGGGAUGCCUUGUACAUGUUGGCAGUAUGGCAGGCUACUUAGCUGGCAUAGCAACACCCUUGUACUUUGCGAGUAAGCAUGGCUUGCAUGGGUUUGUGAGAGCUUUGGGGGGACUGCGUGAUGAACUUGGUAUUCGAGUCGGCUGUAUUGCUCCCGGCGCAGUAGAGACUCCUCUGUGGCAUGAAGACCCAACCAAAGCAGUCAUGCUAGACGAUGAUACAGUUCUGAUAGAUCCUCUAGAAGUGGCUCGCGGCAUGUGGCAACUUGUCGUCAACCCAGAGUAUGGCAACGGUACCAUCCUCGAAGUGACCAAGGGAGCAACGAGAGUAGUGCCACUCUUCAAUGCAUCAGUUCCAACAGGUGAAGGCGUUAUGGUACCUGGUUAUGAUGCUUAUAAAGACGCUCUGUAUGCGAAGCUAAAAAGGGAGGGCUUGAAUAUACAGUGGCAUUCCCUGCGCAUGGAUCAGAUCAAGGACCGUGAACAGUAA